GUGGGACAUGGCGAGCACCUAUGAGGUGAACCGCCGAGACACCGGCACCGCGUAGUGGGGCGAGCCAGGGCGUUCCGGAAUGGCGAGUUCGCGCGUCGGACACCAGAUGUCGAGCGGACUCACCCCACGGCCGCGUCCAGGUCUCCGCGGGGUCAACGUGGAGGCGUGCACGCGCACCGGUCUACACCCAGAAACGCCCAUCGCGAGCCCUCCCGCCGCUUCCUCGCCGCAGACGUUCCGCGGCAAGCAACUGGACAACCAGCCCGGUCUGGUUUCACGGCGUCGCACACCACGGCUCCGUCGAGAAAGACCCGCGUCUCCACCAGCAGACCCGCGAAAGGUAUUUCCACGUUCCACACGUCGGUGCGUGUCACGAGCCGCCGCGACCUUCGCUCACCGUCGUCGCGCCGCUUCGCCGUCCGGACCACGCCAGACGGACACCACAAGUGGCCUCCGCGUCCAACGGAGACACACCUCGCUCUAGCGCGCUCGUAGCGCUCGUAGCGCUGUGUCGAGGACGGCAGGGAACUCCCGCUGCUGCAUGGCUCUCCCGAGAAACGUCCGACCGGUUGGGAAUCGGGGAAUAUGUGAGAGUGCCAGUUAGGAUAGUACAGCGAAAGCCGUACGAGAAGAUACGGGCUCUAUGUUGGGUGAUGGCAGGACUCCGCCAACCAAGACCCAUGGGAUUAAGGAUUCGCCGCUCGUUCAAUGAGUGCCGGACCCGUUCGAGGCAGUUUGUGGUGUAAUAUCACCGAGACACAGGACAACGAGAGAGAGGACGGCCAACGGGGGGUGGCCAUGAGAGUGGAACGGAUCGUGUCGAUAUCGCUCGCGAGCAGUCCGCGGAAACUGUCCGUCGGGAUGAAGCAGGGUGAGAGCGCGGGGCUUAGCCGUUAGCAACGGAGAGUUGAAAGUGCGGAGUUACGAGAGAGAAGUAAGUCGAGUAAAGGAUUCCACACGGACUCGUCGCGCUACAACUUCCCUGUCCGCAAACAUGUACAUGAAGAGGAGAUCGUGAGAGAGCGUGUCCCGAGCAGCUCGUGACGAAAGACACAGAUCCGAGGAUGACGUCGGGCAGUGCUGCGCGGGGCGUUUCCGUAAGGUAGAAGACGUGCGAGACGAUGUAAGAACUUUGAGGGAAGAGUCGCAAUUCGGAGCAGGCGUACCAGGCGGGGGGGAGAGGGCAUCAUGAGAUUCCCGCGGUCCGCGGGAAUAUCGUCGUUGUGAUCGCGCGUCGCGUCGCGUCGGGUCGGGAACAGCUCUCUGCUUGAUCCGCGUGCGGCGGGUGUUACCGCUCCGAAGAAGAUGUCGGGCACACCUCCGGAGCCGGUGAGUCUGGACUCUGACUUGCCGGAGGCCAGAUCGAGCCAUCUGGCUGGGUCGCGAUUGGAGCGGGACGCGGAGGACGCGGAGAAACGCGAUGAAACGCGAGCGGGGGCCGAGUGCAACGCCGACAGCGACUGCGAGAGCGACACGAGCGAGGUGCUGAGCGUCGGUAGCGAGCCAACGCCGAGCAGCGUGGUUGGGGUGCGCGUAUGCGGCUCCGUCAGGUACGACCGGGAGUCCGCGAGCAGCCGAGGUGAGUUUCGCGAUGAGGAGAACACGAGAACAUCGGCGACGCCGUCGCCGUCCAGCUCCACCAGCUGCAACGACCUCUACUACCAGCGUGCAGCCGGCAAUCACGUACCGGCACCGAGUCCACCCGGCUACAGCCAACCACCGUCGUCCCCUACGGCGUCUUCCGUCAGAUCCCCAGCUUCCUCAUCGGCCACUGCCUCGUCUCCGGGUCGACCGGAAGCCACCCAAGAGGCUAUCGUACCCAGGUACCAAUCCAGUCAUCAGCACCUACUCCCUCGAUACUCCUCCGGCAGGGAAGUCGACAUUUCCGACUAUCCGGCGCGCGUGCAACACGGUCUGAGCCACGAGAUCGUUUACCCGACCGUCGAGAGGCUGCACCGUACACCCAUCAGCGUACCCCUAGUGACGAGACUCUCGUUGUCGCCGCCGUCGGCCAUGACGGUCACCGGGCUCCAGGCGACGACGCCCGUUCUCCAUCCCGCCGCAUGCAGGGACCCGCGGGACAGCACCACCUCGUUGAUGCCGCACCACAGCAGCCAACACCUGCACCAUGCGAACGCCCACACCACGCAUCUGCACCAGGGCUCGCAGGUGCAGCAUGUGCCGGCCAAUUCGGUGCACCAGCAUCGGCUGUCGGUCAGCAAGCUGUUGCAACGGGAGCCCGGCAGCCCGGCGUCACCCGGCGGCACCGGGAGGGAGGAGAACGGACGCACCUUGGCCGCCGCGAACGGCCUGCAGAACAGCAUCGGCCACAACAACGCCAAUCAUCAUCACCACCACCACCACCACCAUCACCACAACCACCACAAUCACCACAACAACAACAACAACAACAACAACAACAAUAAUCUGCAGCACCAGGCGGGUCUCAAGUUCAGUAUAGACAAUAUUCUCAAGGCGGAUUUCGGCCGGAGGAUCACGGACCCAAUCUCCCUGAAGAAAUCGCGCCCCAAGAAGGUGGCCUCGCGGCCGAUCGACCUGACCAAGGACUUCCUCGAAUCGUCCUCCGACACUUCCGAGAGGAACGGCACGGAAACGACGACGACGACGACGACGACGACGACCGCGACGACCAACGCGUCUCCCACCGGCGUUUCGGCCGGAAACCCGCCGCCCAACCCUACCGGAUCGACCGGUACCGACCCUGGCAAGAUGUUGUGGCCGGCGUGGGUCUACUGCACCAGAUACUCGGACAGGCCCUCCUCGGGACGAAGACCGUCCCGUGUUCCAGGUCCGCGCACGAGACGAGUGAAGAGAACGGCCGACGGACGCGGCGGUGGCACCCCCGAGGAGAAACGUCCCCGGACGGCGUUCAGCGGCGAGCAACUCGCGAGGCUCAAGCGGGAGUUCGCGGAGAACCGAUACCUGACGGAGCGACGGCGGCAGCAGCUCUCGAGGGAUCUCGGUCUGAACGAGGCGCAGAUCAAGAUCUGGUUUCAGAACAAGAGGGCGAAAAUCAAGAAGGCCAGCGGUCAGAAGAAUCCGCUGGCGCUUCAGCUGAUGGCGCAGGGGCUCUACAAUCAUUCGACGGUACCGCUUACGAAGGAGGAAGAGGAGCAGGCCGCGGAGCUCCAAGCGAAAUGACGAUUAUAAGCGCGUGCGUGAGAAAGCGCGAAACUUGGCUCGGUCACUUCGCGUAUCCUGAAUUCCGUAUCUCUUUCCCGUUCUUCGGAAGACGUUCUACGCGGGAAUCGAGUUACCCUCCGUUUGAGGCUCCGAUUUUUCGCGCGACCGACAAUUUCGUGAGAAAAAAAACCAAGAAUGAGAGGAGGAUCUAGAAUUCAACGCGAAAGUAUACUCUCUUUUGCAUUUCGGUUGGAAAAAUAUUUAAUACUCGUUCGGACUCUCUCUAAGCGCGAAGUAAUUUUCUUACUUUUGAAACGGAUAACUUUUUUUUUUUUUUUUCCUAAAAAAGUAUGCCGGUCACCACUUGUUGGAAAAUAUCUCUUUUCUGUUUCACUGACUCGCAGAUUUUUCAGAGUAAGUCGCAAACAACCAAAGCGGUGUAAGCCUCGGUGUUAUUUAAGCGGAGACGAAAUGAAUAAUAUACAGUAUAUUUUACUUCGAGUCGCAUUAGCCAGGAGUCGAAUAAAAAAGAAAAAGAAAAAGAAAACAAAAAAAGAAAUUUGCGGAGCGAGGGCCAAAGUCCGCGAGAGAAAUCUGUCAUUUACCUUCCUUACAAAGAAAGACUGGAGUAUUUAUUUCGCUAGACGUACGACUGUAGUACAACUUAUUAGACGCGUUCGAACGGCAAACGGAUCAACCGAAGGAACCCUUGUUUUGUAAUUAGAGCUUCCGAUAUAGGACGACGUUUGGCGGAAAUCGCUCGCCCUUGUUCGACGUAAUAAUCGCGAGAAGAAAGUCAGUUACCGAAAUGACUACGCGAAUAAGCUACGAUCGCCGUUCUUUGCCAUCGCUUAGAAAGACGAAGAGGACACGAGGAAAAAGAAGAGACAAAGAUUGCCGUGCAUGUUCCCGUAUCGCGACAUUUACAUUCGAUACUGUUAAAUUAGAUUUUAUAUAAAUGAAGCAAUCAUCAAUCCCGUCAACAAAAUUUUCUAAAAUAUUGAGUAUUCAAUAAACAAUGUCCAAGAAAUAAACAGCUGUUCAUUAAUAAUACCAAUAUCUUGAAUAGAAAUCAAUUUUUUCCUACUACAAUGCCUUAAUUUCAUAUCCGAUUCGACUUAAAAAAAUUAAAUACAUUUGAGUCGGCGUCUGCGGAGGCAUGUUGCGGUUAUUUCAAUCACGAGGGAGAUUAACAAGUGCCAUUUUCUGCAACUUUUCCAGCAAAAUUAUUUACGUGAAAACGCAGCGAGGCAAAAUCGCCUCUCUCACUCUCUCUCUCUUGUGACGAAAAAAAAAAAAAAAAAAAACAAAUUGAGAUUGUAAUCGAGAUUGUAAUGAAUAGGCAGAAAGGAGGGAGAACUUAGCUUUUUCGUUAAUUUAUUGUAAAAAUGUAUAUUAUAUAACGUGAGAGAGAAGACCGGAGUGAUUGCGACGUGCAAUAGAACAUUAUACAUAUAGAGAAAGGGAGAGAAAGAGAAGCAAAAAUAGAGACGAAGCUAUGUAUAGGUGUAUUGUAUAUGUAACCCGCGCGGAACAACAUUGUACAUAAUUUACCAUUUAGUGGCGACAUCGUCCCGAUAGACUGUUUAAAAAUUGUAACUUAGUUAUUUAUUUACCUACAAUAUACGCGAAGCGUAGCGAAAGCAUGCGCGUGCGUGCGAAAACGAUCUACACAAAGACCGAUCAUAAACUCUUGUAAGAUUAUUUAAAUUCGAAUUAAAUAUUCCCAUUAUAUAUAUCGAAA